GGAUGGUGCCAGUGAGCAUUCCCCUCUCUGCCGCCAUGGUGUUUCGGGCAUCUCUGGGUCUCCUCUGCCUCGUAGCCAUCACUGUCUACUCAAAUGCCUACACGAUUAACCAUCGAGAACUAGACACUGUAGAAGACAAUGGAGAAGUUGGAGAAUUCAUAGACAUCCUUGACAUAAACAAAGAACUAGGCAAGGACCUGUUUCAGGGAGACAUUAAGCUUUCGAAAGAAUCCAGAAAUGCUCUGCGCAAUGAAAUCUACAGGUGGAAGUUUCCUAUUCCAUAUAUAUUGGCUGAUAACUUAGACCUGAAUGCUAAGGGAGUUAUUCUUGAAUCCCUUGAAAUGUUUCGUUUGAAAUCUUGUGUGGAUUUUAAACCCUAUGAAGGGGAAUCGUCUUUUAUCCAUUUUCAGAAAUUUGGAGGGUGCUGGUCCUAUGUUGGAGACUUCCGUACUGGUCAGAACCUUUCCAUAGAUAGUGGCUGUGACCAUAAAGCCAUUGUAGAGCAUGAGGUUCUUCAUGCCCUGGGAUUUUAUCACGAGCAGUCAAGAAGUGACCGGGAUGACUAUGUAGAAAUCUGGUGGAAUCAAAUCACUGAAGGCAUGGCACACAACUUCAAUACAUAUGAUGACAAAUUUAUAACAGAUCUGAACACUCCAUAUGACUAUGAAUCUGUCAUGCACUACGGUCCCUACUCCUUCAAUAAGGACCCCAAUAUCCCAACCAUCACUGCCAAGAUCCCUGCAUUUAAUGACAUCAUUGGACAACGUCUUGAUUUUUCUCUCAUAGACCUGGAACGUUUAAACAGGAUGUACAACUGCACCACGCCGCUCAUUCUCCUGGAUCAAUGCUCCUUUGAGUUCAUCAACAUUUGUGGAAUGGUCCAGUCGACUACCGAUGAUGCAGACUGGAUCCACGAGUUGGGUUCUUCAGGUUCAUCUAGUGAUCACACCUUAGUGGGACGAUGCAGAGAUUCAGGCUAUUUUAUGCAUUUUAAUACCUCCACUGGAACCGCCGGUCGCACCGCUGUCCUAGAGUCCCGCAUUCUGUAUCCUAAACGAACUGAGCAGUGUCUGGAAUUUUUUUACAAGAUAGAUGGAAGCGUCCAGGAUAGAAUGACCAUCUGGCUCCGUCUAGAUGAUGGCACUGGAGAAGUUAGGAGGCUGAAGAAAAUCCACACCAUUCAUGCUGACGGCGACAAGAACUGGAAGAUUGCACAUGUGACCCUGAACGCAGAUAGAAAAUUCCGCUAUGUGUUCCAAGGUGUUCAAGGCGCUGAUGGCACCACCAGUGGCGGUAUUCUUAUUGACGACAUCACUCUAGCAGAACUACCCUGCCCCAAUUCUGUGUGGACCAUCCGCAACUUCAAACAGAUCCUGGCCACAACUGCCAAAGGAGAUCGGAUUGUCAGUCCUUGUUUCACUAGCCCUGAAGGUUACAGAUUUGGUAUUGGUCUGUAUCCUCAUGGGCAAAACACAUCAUCUUACGUCGGGUACACCGGGAUCUCGUUUCACCUGUGCAGUGGAGAAGAUGAUUCAGUCUUGCAGUGGCCGGUCUUAAACCGCCAGGUUAUUAUAAAGCUGUUGGAUCAAGACCCAGAUAUCAAACUAAGGAUGUCUUCUACCCGAAGCUUCACAACUUUACCAAGUCACAUAAUACCUACUUUGAACAUUUCUCGAUGGGAGAGACCGUCUAAAACCGGCACAUGGGAUCCUUCCUGCAACUGCAACAGGACCACAGACUUUGGCUGGGCAACUUUCAUCUCUCACUUCAACUUACAGCGCAGGAGUUUUCUGAAAAAUGAUGAUCUGAUCUUGUUUGUGGAUUUUGCGGAUCUCACACACCUUAUAAAGACAGAAGUUCCUGUCCGGCCAGCUUUGGCUACAGUGGAGGAAGAUGAAAUGCAUGAGAGGCAGAAGCGUUCUUUGGAGAACCUCAGGGAUAAAAAUGAGUUCCAACCAUUGCAAGCCCAGUGCGAUGACAGCCUGUGUCUAAAUGGAGGAGUCUGUGUGAUGGAGACAAACGGAGCAAGCUGCAGGUGCGCAUCCAGCCAGGCAUUCAUGUACACCGGGGAUCGUUGUGAGAUCACGCAAUUACAUGGCAAUAUUAUCGGAAUGAUGAUUGGAGGGGUGGCUGGGACCAUUGCUUUGACUAUUGCAGUCCUUGCCAUAAUGAGCAGAAAAUAAAAGCGGUGUAUAUGCAUAAAAUAUGCAUGUAUGUAAAUAAACAAUAAAUCAUUAACC